UGCGCCCUGCCGGAAAGCAAGGACGUCGCCGCGGCCUUUCGCGACGUCCAGGAGGAGCGGGGAGCACUCCGUCUUCCUUCCCGCAGCCGGGCGACCGCGGGGGCGAUGUUCGGUGCGGGUGACGAGGACGACACCGACUUCCUCUCGCCCAGCGGCGGUGCCAGAUUGGCCUCUCUGUUUGAACUGGAUCAGGCAGCUGCUGGCCAUGGAAAUGAAUUCUUCCAGUACACAGCCCCAAAGCAGCCAAAGAAAGGCCAGGGAAAGGCCGCCACAGGAAACCAGGGGACACUGAAAACAGCACCUUCUGGCACGGGCGCUUCCGCUGUGUUGGUGGCAAAGGCAGUGCACGCGUAUCGAUACACAAAUGGUCAGUAUGUGAAGCAGGGCAAAUUUGGUGCUGCCGUCCUGGGGAAUCACGUGGCCAGAGAGUAUAAGAUUCUUCUUUAUAUCAGUCAGCAGCAACCAGUGACGGUUGCAAGGAUUCAUCUGAACUUUGAUCUCUUGGUUCGGCCCAAUAACUAUAGCACCUUUUAUGAUGACCAGAGACAAAAUUGGUCCAUCAUGUUUGAGUCAGAAAAAGAUGCUGUGGAAUUCAAUAAACAGGUGUGCAUUGCCAGGUGUAACAGCACGACUUCCUUGGAUGCAGUGCUUUCACAGGACCUCGUUGUCAGCGAGGGCCCUGCAGUAGAAACUGGAGAUUCUUUGGAGGUGGCCUACACAGGCUGGCUCUUUCAGAAUCACACGCUGGGUCAGGUUUUUGACUCUACUGCUACCAAAGAUAAGCUGCUUCGCCUGAAAUUAGGAUCAGGAAAAGUCAUCAAGGGCUGGGAGGAUGGAAUGCUGGGCAUGAGAAAAGGAGAAAAGCGCUUACUUAUUAUCCCUCCGUCCUGUGCUAUUGGCUCUGAUGGGGUAAUUGGAUGGAUUCCAUCAACAGACUCAAUCCUGGUGUUUGAGGUGGAGAUUAGGCGGGUGAAGUUGGCUAGAGAGUCGGGCUCCGACGGGCACAGUGUCGGCUCCCGGGAUUCGGCAGCCCCUUCUCCGGUGCCUGGUUCCGACUGCGCCUCUGCCGCGCCCGUGGCCUCGCCACCCACAUCGUUGCCUUUCCAGCCGGGGGACCCAGCUCUGCGAACCAAAUCUAACUCCAUAGGUGAACAGCUCUCAGCACAAACAAAUCCUGAUACAAUGAAGGCCAAGUUGAUCUCUCGCAUGGCUAAGAUGGGCCAGCCCAUGCUGCCCAUCCUUCCACCACAGCUGGAUUCCACUGAUUCGGAAAUCGAAGCUGUGACUAUGCUGCGGGGAGCCGGGCAGCCCUUGGCGGCGCCGUCCAUCCAGCCCUCCCUCCAGCCGGUCCAUCCCGUCCUACCGCAGAUGACCUCACAAGCACCUCAGCCCUCUGUCGCUGGGCUCCAAGCACCUUCUGCUGCCUUAAUGCCCGUUACGUCUCUCGAUUCCCACCCCGCUGUAUCUGGAAAUGCCCCGUCCUUUCAGCCCUAUGCAGGUGUGCCAGCCUACGCGUACCCACAGGCCUCGCCCGCCUCCUCGCAGCUGCAGCCCGUGCGGCCCCUGUACCCGGCGCCGCUCUCCCAGUCUCCCCACUACCAAGGGUCAGGUGACAUGGCUUCAUUUCUCAUGACUGAAGCCCGGCAACAUAGCACUGAAAUUCGAAUGGCAGUGAGCAAAGUGGCCGAUAAAGUGGAUCAUCUCAUGACUAAGGUUGAAGAGUUGCAGAAACAUAGUGCUGGCAAUUCUCUGCUCAUUCCUAGCAUGUCAGUUACCAUGGAAACAAGCAUGAUUAUGAGCAACAUUCAGCGAAUCAUUCAGGAAAAUGAAAGAUUGAAGCAAGAGAUCCUUGACAAGAGUAGUCGAAUAGAAGAACAGAAUGACAAGAUCAGUGAACUCAUUGAACGAAAUCAGAGGUACGUUGAGCAGAGUAACCUGAUGAUGGAGAAGAGGAAUAGCUCCCUCCAAACAGCCACAGAAAACACACAGGCAAGAAUAUUGCAUGCUGAACAGGAGAAGGCCAAGGUGACAGAAGAGUUAGCUGCAGCCACAGCACAGGUAUCUCACUUGCAGCUGAAGGUGACGGCGCACCAGAAGACAGAGACGGAGCUGCAGGUGCAGCUGAGCGACCGCUUGAAGGAGAUGGACCUGCUGAGGGCCCAGCUGGCCGGGCUGCAGGCCGAGCGCUCAGAGCUCCAAGAAGCCUCUGAACAAGCACAGUCCAAAAUCAAAACUGAAAAGCAGAGCCGGAAGCAGCUGGAACUCAAGGUGACAGCCCUGGAGGAGGAGCUGACCGACCUUCGAGCCGAGAAGGAGUCUCUGGAAAAGAGCCUUUCAGAAAGGAAGAGGAAGUCUGCCCAGGAGCGCUGCCAGGCCGAGGAGGAAAUAGAUGAAAUCCGCAAAGCACACCAGGAGGAGCUGGACAAACUCAGGCAGCUCUUGAAAAAGGCUCGGGUGUCCACAGACCAGGCGGCCGCAGAGCAGCUGUCUCUAGCACAGUCUGAGCUGCAGACCCACUGGGAAGCAAAGUGUGAGCAUCUGUUGGCAUCUGCCAAGGAUGAGCACCUGCAGCAGUACCAGGAAGUAUGUGCACAGCGAGACGCCAGCCAGAAGCAGCUGCUCCAGCUCCAGGCGAAGUGUUCAGCCCUCCAGGCCCAGGUCUCAGUCCUGACCGAGCAGCAUGAACAGCAUCUCCGGGCCCUGGAGAAGAACAAGGCCCAGACGUCAGGAAGUGACGCGCCUGAUCCCUCGGAGACGGUCAAGAAGAUCAUGAACCAGGUAUUCCAGUCCUUGCGGGGCGAAUUCGAGCUGGAGGAGUUGUACCAGGGCAGGACCGUUCUGGGGACCAUCAUGAAUACGAUCAAGAUGGUGACUCUUCGGCUGCUAAACCAACACAAGCAAGAGAAGGGGGAGAGUAGCAAUGAAGAAGAGGAGGAAGAAGAAAAGCAGCCUCGCGGCCCCUCCCAGGAGCAGGCUGGCCCAGCCAGUGCUGGGGGUCCGUCUUCCGAACCCCCACGUGGGGAGAGGCGUGAGUCCCCUGGGCGGGAGGCAGAGCAGGCAGUGACGGACGCCGAGCCACCACCUUCUGCAGCCCUCCCCGUGCCGCAGGACGGUGCUGAGAAGAGAGGGGAGCCCCUCGAAGCAGAGGGGCACUCAGAGAGGAAAGAACUAGCUUCAGUUCUGGCGCCCCCAACCUCCAUCCCCCCCAAGCCUCCGGGCCCUGUUGUCGUGGACUCGGCAUGCGAGGAGACCCUUGCUGCCAGGCCUGAAGACCCACCGGAACCCGCUGGCGAUGGAACACAAGAUGCUCCCGCUGGACUGGCCCUGACGUCAGAGCCCCCGGAGGACCCUCUGGCCACAAGGCCUGCAAGUCCAGGCGUGCUUCAGCCUCGCGAACUGAGGGAAGACGCAGCUGCCAGGGAGCUGGCGAGCACGCAGGCAGGAGCCGCUCCUGCCAGCAACACUCUCGGACCCAGCCGUUCCCCUCCGUGUGCCAGUGUAACUGAGGAUGAAGAGGAUGAGCUAUUUAAAGGGGCGACGCUCAAAGUCCCAGGCCCUGAAGCACAAUCAGAGGAUGAGGAUGAAGACGAGGUGGUAAGGAAUUCCCAGGCGCAGCCUGGGCCUCCCUCCACCGCCUGGGGACCCUUCCCCACUGGCGCCGAGAAGAGAGCCGGAGUGUGCUGGUGGCCAGCGCCCUGGGCGCUGUGUGCAGGGCCCUGUGGCAGCAGGCUCAGGGCCGGACGGGAGCAGCUCUGCGCACGUGGUGGGGACGGGCACCUUCCCUUUUACUCCUGAGACCAGCGGCCGGUUCUGACCCGGCAGCUGUAUCCUACACUAGAGCGCCAAAGCCUUGGUGUUCCACAGCUCAGCAGGGCGACAGCUUGUGUCUUAGAACAGGGAAAGACUUAGAAGAUCUUCAUUCCUGGGCCCGAGAGAUGGUACAGCAGGUAGGGUGCUUGCCUUGCACACAGCCGGGCAGAUUGGAUGCCCGACAUCUCAUACGGACCAGCCCAGCACCGCCAGGAGUAACCCCUGAGCAUUGCUGGGUGUGGCCCCUAAAACAAAAUAAACAGAAAAAGAUGUUCAGGCGUGUACUGAUGAGGUGGUGGUCUCGGCACUCCCACCACAUCUGUUGGAAAGGGGACCGGGGCCCAGGAAGAUCAGAGCGCAUGCCCACGGUUACAUAACCGGCCCAAGGUUGCGUCACGAAAGUGGAGAAUGCAGAGGGCAUGCAGUGGCCCAUGUUUGGAAGCCCUGUGCUGUCAGAGUUCCGAGACCUCUUUCUUGAUGGCCAGAGAGCGCUCGGGGUCUGACCAUGGCGGAGUGGGUCUCUGACCACACGGUGUUCCCUUCCCUCUGGGCCGCUUCAGCUCCCAGAGCCAAGAGCACCGCAGAGCACAUGCAGUGCCGCAGCAUCCUGUCUUGGGGCCCGCACCCCUCUCCCCUCCUCUGGCUGGAGCGGGCAGGGUAGUGGACGCUCCCGCCUUAGGUCCCGGACAUCUUUAGGGAUUCUCCGAUCGGGUGAAGUGACCGGGCCUUUGCAUACAACUUAGCAUGAGAGGCCAAGCCCAGGGCCACCUUAGAUCUGGGCACAUUUCUGCCAGCCACAGUCUUCUUCCUGGCCUCUCGUCGUCCUGCAGCCUCUCUGCCCCCGCUGCUCUGCUGCUCUUUCCCGCUGCCAUCUCUCCCCUUCUGCCCAUUUUCCCACAUACGUGUAAGCCACCUCCCGAGAGAAAACCUGUCUCAUCAGUACACGUGCUGUACAAAUAAAUGACAUCAGGCAAACCGCGUGGCUCUUCUCGUCUCUGCUGAAAGACUGCCUCUCGUCUUUGCACGCUGGCCUCGGCUCGCCCUGAAAGCCCUCAGUAUGCCGGCCGUAGGGGCCACCAUCUCCAAGGGCCGUCCCUCUGGGGCAGGGACAGGUGAGGACUGACCACUCUUUCC